GGACUGGAUUCUCUAAAGCUCUGGGAGCAUUACCAAAGUUCAUGUUUGAUGGAAAGUUGCAGCAAGUUUUGAAAGGACUUAUUGCAUCAACAUUGCUUGGUGAUGAACCAGGGAAGUUUGCKGAGUCAAGAACAGAAGCUUUGAAUGCACUUGCAAGUAUUGCCUGUACUGUUGGGAUAAAGAAGGUUGGUGAUGAAAACAACAUAGUUACAUCAUCAUCACUUGACCAGUUAUUCCGUGCAUUCCUUGAUGCCAUGAAUGAUUACACUACAGAUAGCAGAGGAGACGUUGGAGCUUGGGUAAGAGAAGCAAGUAUGUCUGGGCUGGAAAAAAUCACCAUGUUUGCUGUACAGUCCGAUCCAACCCUACUAGAGAAGAAUAGAGUGGAACAAGUAAUGAAAUGCCUAGCUCAGCAGGCAUCAGAAAAAAUUGACAGAACACGUGGUCAUGCUGGAGRCAUAUUCCUAAAAAUGAUUCACAAUGAAAAUCCUGUAAUACCACAUAUUCCACACCACAAUGAUCUACUUAGAUUAUUCAAUAGGAAUGAAUGUUCAGAUCUGAACUGGAGUUCACCUGCUGACUGCUUCCCUCAUGUUACCCAGCUGCUCAGUCUUGAUACGUACCGUUACCCAGUCCUGUUAGGACUGACAGUCAGUGUGGGUGGCCUGACAGAAUCACUGGUGAGGCAUUCUGCAGCAUCACUUCUGAGUUACUUAAAACAAAUAACAUUGAGCGAGAAGGAGCUGAAUAUAUUUGCUGACACAAUACUUGACAUAUACAAAGAACACAAAAAGAAUGACAGAGUAAUAAUCCCUUUAUUCAAGAUGCUGGACCUCUUGUUAUCUAAUAACUGUUUUGAGAUGUUCAUAGGACAGGACGCAAAACAACAGCCGACCAAUUAUACACAAUACUGUUGAUGUUUGAAGAUGUGGUACCUGAAGACACUUUAGAUGAUGUGAUGGCUGUACUCAGUGACACCACAUGGGACUUGGACAUUAAGAAAGUCCGAGAAGAAAGGAAUAAACUAUGUGACCUACUGAAUAUCCCUAAGCCAGUCUUAAAGUCAUCAGCUAAAAAUACAGGGUUUAAAACCGAAAAAGAACAAGAUGAACUAGACAGUUAUAAAGAUCUCGUGUCACGGCAGGAUUACUAACAAACAAUACAGGAAAUGAAAACCUGCAUUAAAGCCUUAUUAGCAGGACUCUUAACAAUUAUAAAUGUUUGAUGUGUGUAGGUAGAAUAUAUUUAUGAGUGAUAAAUGCACUCACUUCACUGAUAUUCAUAUAUAUUUCAAAUCCCUCURCCACAGGUGAAGAUACGAGUGCUAUCAUUGGUGUCUGUUAGCGUUAAGAGCAAACUAUAAUAUAUGAUUGUACUGCAAUGGUCUUAUUUUGAAA